UGCGUCACUGACGCGUGGGACGCGCGCAGAGCGCUUCGCGGGCCACUUGCGUUGUAGCCAUGAGUCUCGGCUGGCUCACGGAAAGCUCGCUGAUCCCGAAGGAGUCCAAGCCGAUCGGCGGCGUCAGCACAGUCUCCCUGCUUAAUCUUCAGGCGGUGGUUUACGACCGCGAGCAGCGUGGGAACGUGCCCUCCGCAAAGAGGCGUAAAGCGGCUGCCGAAGCGAAGGCCAAGAACGAUGGAGUUGACAUGCGCAACGCUCGCGACCAGCGAGAAGCUGAAGACAAGUCUGACUUGGUGCGCGCACGGCUCGAAGAGAAGGCGAGAAGGUACGAGGCCAUGGCCGCCGGCGGGGCAUCCGCUGAGAAGGAGGAGCCUUUGAUCGACUUCGACAGGAAGCGCGCGGAGGGCCUUCUACCUCCUGCUGCUCCCCAGGUUGACGAAACUGCCCCGGAGGAGGCUUUCGCGCCGUGGUCGGUUGAGGUGCCUCCGCCACCGGCGCUGGCAACGGGUACUGUGAUGCCCGUCCCGAUGCAGCCCUUUGAGCGGCCGCGCAGCUCUGCAGAGGACCUGGACCUGCGAGAUCGCCUCACGGCGGAGACGGAUUUGGCGCGGGGCACGCUGGGGCAGCAGAAGCGCGCAGCCCGGGAGGCGGUGCGCGGGCGUUUGGCAAAGCUGCGGGCGGCCAAGUCGAUGAGCGAGGCCUCAGCCUCGGAGGCCUAGGUGCCGAAGGCUUGUGAGCUGUUUCACUCUUGCGGACAGUGGCGCGCUCUAGUGCCGACUUGGAUUUGCAAUCCACUUGGUUGGUAGGUUGCGAACCAAUGAGUGGGACA